ACUAUUUAAACCACUUUCAGCGGUCAAAGUUCAGGAAGUUUUGACGUUAAGCAAUUGCUCUCUCACUUCCAAUCAGAAAUGAGUUGGACAUCUCUUUAUCUCUGUCAGCUAUAUGCACUGGAAUACACAUACUGCCUUUCGUGUCUAGGUCAUUGAAAAGUUAUAACCCGAUUUUAACAAUUUUUGGAAGUAUGUAAGAUGAAAUGUCUUAAGGGAACUUUGUUCAAUUUGUACAUUUGCUCCUAUAAAGCAACAUAGUCUCUUAAAAAGCAAAGUUAUUCAGAAUGGUCCGUACAGCAUUUCCGACAUACGCGGUUUUUCAGUUUUUUGGCUCCCUUUAAUUCAUCCCGCUCUAAUGUACAUAGCUCAAAAUACUAAACAUAGGAUAAGUGUAUAAUUUUUUGAUACAAGUAAAAAUAAAUAUAUAUACUAAUGCUCGUACUAGGCGUUUCAACUUAAAAUCUAUCUAUUAAAAUUAUUCUCUACGCCAAACAUACAUAUACUCGUACACAUGAAGAUACAUAUCCCUCCAUUAUACCCGUCUACAUUGCUACAAAAUUCACUACUCAAAGCGGCUCGGAACUGCUGGCAAAUUUUUUUAGUCACCCUAAAAGAAUUUUAGUCAAUGAAAUGGAGACGUCAAAAGCACUUCACAAUUUACUAAAUCGUACAGUCGUGCGGAGCAAUUCAAUUUAUGGACGUUAUUUGAUAGCGAAAAGUGAUACAAAAGCAAAUGAAUUGUUAGUGGAAGAGUUACCUUUGGUACAUGGCCCAAAAUGUAAUGGACCGACAGUGUGUCUAGAGUGCUAUGCUCCAGUGAAUUUAGAAGGCUGUAUAGCGGAUCAAUAUUGUUCGAAAUGCAGUUGGCCGUUGUGCUCCAAUUGCUCUGAUAGAGGUGCGUUUUACCAUUACGGUUGGGAGUGUUCAGUAUUUUCUCAGGCAAAAGCGAAAUUUUAUCCCGUGCAAAGCGAUGCAAAGGGGUGUCCACAAUUGGAUUGUAUAACAGUGUUAAGGGUUCUUCUUGUCAAGGAAUCUGAUCCAGAUCGAUGGGAGCGUGAAAUCGCACCAAUGGAGUACCACAACGAGGAACGCCGAAAAAUUGUUGAUGUUUGGAAUGCAGAUUUUGUAAAUAUCGCACAGUACCUUCGAGGACCAUGCCGUUUGGCCGAACGAUUUUCUGAAGAUCUUAUUAUGCAAACAGUGGGUAUUUUGGAAGUUAAUGCAUUUGAAGCGCGAACAACACUGGGAUAUGCACUGCGUUGUUUAUACCCAAUCACUGGAAUAUUAGCGCAUAAUUGUGUACCAAAUACAUUUCGUACAAUACAUCCAAGUGAAGGCUUCAAGAUCCGCCUAAGGGCCAUGUGCAAUUUAAACGAGGGCCAACAGUUGCAGCACUCUUAUACAUACACUUUGAAUGGCACUUCCCAACGACAGGAACAUUUAAAGAAUGGUAAAUUCUUCACUUGCGAAUGCAAACGUUGCAAAGACCCCACCGAGUUGGGUACAAAUUUUAGCACGUUCAAGUGUAGUAAAUGCGAAGAAGGGUGGUUGCUGUCAACUAAUCCAAUAGAUCCUUCCUGCUACUGGAAAUGCACGCUUUGCACCUUUCAAACAUCUAAUAAUGCUAUACAGAAAGCACUAUCUGUAAUGCAAUCCGAAGUUGCCACAUUACAAGCAAUGGAUCCCAGUCCUCAGAAAUUACAAGAAACAGAAAAGCUAAUGAGAAAAUAUCGUGUAGUUGUACACCCUCUACACUUCAUACAAAUAGGAUUGCGUCAAAAUCUUAUCGAAAUGUAUGGUCGUGUUGCAGAAUAUGAAUUAUCUGAAUUGCCCGAUGUUAUGCUUGAACACAAAGAAGAGCUAUGUCGACAAGUAUUACAUGUUUUAAAUGUCUUUGAACCGGGGUUGAGUCGAACACGUGCUAUGAUGCUAUACGAGUUGCAUGUACCAUUAGUAUUAUUGGCCAAGAGUGGUUUCAUAAGCGGCGUCCUAACAGCGGAUGCAUUAAAGCUUAAACUUCUUGACGUUAUUGCUAUUCUAAAUGAUUGUGUGGACAUACUACAAUACGAAGAUCCAGAGACACAAGAGGGAAAUUUAUAUAAAGUAGCACAGCAAGCGAAGAAUCAGCUGACACAAAGUGUGGAAGGUUUAACAGUCGCUGAAUGACAUUGUUGCCACAUAUUUUACUUAAAUAAAGUAUCCCAUGUAUAUAAUAUAAAAAGGGUUACAUUAAUAAUAAAUCAAAGUUCUAUUUAUGUAUGUAAAAAUUAACUUACAUAUGUAUGUGACUAAAACUAAUGUUGCAGAAGUCAUAUAAAGUCAUCAGUAUGUAAUUUUUUAAUCAUACCCAAAAAUAGUAUUUACUACGAAGUAAUGUCCAAAUGCGAGCAACUCGCAGCCCUUA